CCUCAACCGUCCGUCCAUCCCCUGUCAAGUUCGCCGCGCGCAACACUCGCAGCAGAGCAUCCACCGAUCGUCGAUGCUCACCGCCGCCAUGCACAUGCUCGACUCCUCCACCUCCUCCUCCCCUUGGCUUCCUCCCGACCUCAUGCCUCCCCCGCCGUCCGCCGCCACUCUCCACCGCCACUUCCGCGGCGCCGCCGCCGCCGCCAGCACCAGCCGCCGCAUCGCCAAGCGCCGGCCGCGCCCGUCGCGGCGCCUGCCCACCACCUACAUCAGCGCCGAUCCGGCCAACUUCCGCCGCAUGGUGCACCAGGUCACCGGCGCCGACGACCUCCCGCCUCCACCUCCUCCAUCUCUCUCGCCGACGACGACGGAGCUCCUCCGCCACGCCGCUCCAGCGGGCUCGCCCGGCCCUGCAGGCGCGCUGAUGCUUCCCACGCUCGACACCUCGGCGUUCCUGCUCGGCCGCCGCGCGGAGCCGACGGCCGCGGCCGCGCCGUGCGACGUGUCGGUGGCGUUGGUAGGAGGAGCAGGUAAUAGUUACAGCAACAACAGCAGCAGUAGCAGCAGCGGCAACUGUGGUGGUGGCUUCCCCACCUUGGACUCAUGGGAUCUCCUGUAAAUCUAGAUCAUAUAUUGUCGAUUUCCGAUUCUUCAUGGCUGUAAUUAACCAAGACAAGAUCGAUGAACAGGUUGGAGCAUCUAUCUCUCUGAUUCUCUGUUCGUGUCCUUGUUAAUUUUAAGCUUAUGCCUCAUAUACACAUGGACGAGUUUUUUUAUCAGUAGUGUUAUUUUAUUGAUCUAACUUUAAUUUGGA